AUGCGCUACACUUUGAUCAACGGCCUUCUUCUCCUGGCCGUCUCGCCUUUCACGGCUCUUGCCCUUCCAGUCGACCCCAAUGACCAGGGUGGUGUUUGGGACCCCAGUGGUCAAUAUCGCAAGGGUCACUACGAUGGCCAAGGCAACUUCAUUGCCAACAACGUUGGUCAAGCUGGCUACGAGAACGGUUACCAGAAUGAGCAGUGGCGCAAUGGCCAGAACCAGAAUGGUCAAUACAAUCAGAACGGCCAAUACAACCGGAACGGCCAAUACAACCAGAAUGGUCAAUACAACCAGGAUGGUCGCAACACCGAGGCUGGCCGCUGGCAACGACGCUGGAUUCCUGGUCAAGAUAUUGCUGAUUCUGCUGCUCUUCACAACCACGGCACCCACUUUGGCACCCCUCGUGUUGGUAUUCCUGGCACUGGCAUCCACGCCCGCACUUGGCCCUACGAUAACAAUAACGACGAUGGCGGCUGGACUGAUGCGAAUGGUCAAUGGCACGCCAACAACCAGCAAGGAGGCUGGACUGAUGCCAAUGGCCAGUGGCACGCAACCAACAACAACAACCAGGGCGGUUGGACUGGUGCUCAGGGACAGUGGCACUCCAACAACCAACAGGGUGGCUGGACUGAUGCCAACGGUGUUUGGCACAACAACCAGAAGCGUGGUUUCGAGCCAACUUCCACCACCAACCUGGCUGCCAACCCCAACCUUCUGAAUCAGGCCCAGGCCUCCAACCCUCUGAAUGCUGCUGCCGGCCACGGAAAUCUCGCUGGUGUCAAUGCUGGUGCAAACAAUGCCGCUGGAAUUCCCCAUGUCCCUCGUCACUAUAAUCCUGACUACUAUGACAAUGACCGUGAUAAUGACCGCUAUGAGGAUGGCUAUGAGGAUGGUCGCUACAACAAUGCCGAAGAUCGCCGUGUUGCUGAGAAUGUCGUUUCAAACAUCCUCACUCGUCGCAUCUGGCCCUUCACCAACUGGAACAACAACAACAACAACAACUGGGACCGUGACUGCGACCGUAACGACUGGAACUGCCGCAACCGCAACAACAACAACAACUACAACAACGAUGACAGCUAUAACUACAACACUGGAUCCGGCUAUGACAAGUGUGAAGGCAACGAUCGCUCAGACCGAUCUGGCUGGAGCUGCCGCAGUGAUUGGGACCGCACCAGCGCUACUCCCACUCCUCGUGUUUGGAAUCGCAACUCUCCCAUUGACAACACCAACUACGACAACAAGAAGGUCAACCUCAACGACAAGGACAACACUGUCACCCCUACUACUGCUCCGGUGGCAAACACCGACUACAAGAACGUUGAGAACAAGGAACUUGCUACUUCUACCAACAAGGAGUAA